AUGGAAAGCAGAGACACUACAAUAACUAGUAUAGUGGCGCAUAUAGACCAUGGAAAGACCUCACUAAUGGACAGCCUUGUUGCAUCCCAAGGACGCAUAUCAAAGGCGCUUGCCGGGUCCAUAAGAUUCCUCGACACAAGGGAGGACGAGCAAGCCAGAGGAAUAACUCUAAAGUUAAGCGCUAUCUCCCUGGACUACGGAGGACACAGAUAUGUGUUCAUUGACACACCAGGACACGUCGACUUUGAGUCCUUGAUCCAAUCUAGUUCCAUACUCUCCGAUAAUUUUCUUAUUCUUGUAGAUGUUAAUGAGGGAAUAACACCGAGAACUUAUUCACUUGUGAAGUAUGCCAAAGGAAAGAGAUGUGUUCUUGCCAUAAACAAAAUUGACAAGAUAUCUUCUCCCCAGGAGCUACUUCAAAAGACACAAUCUGUGGUGACUUCGAUCAACGGGCUUUCUGGUAGAGAAGUUUUUGGAUGGGAUGCUAAUAACAUCAUAUUGUGCUGUGCAACACUGUGCUAUGGAAUCAACAAAAAGAUGUUCCAGAAAGUUGUUGGAAGGGAUGGAAGUUUGAAGAACGCCAUCGACCUUCUGUUCCAUGUUUACAACAGAAUAGACCAGAAAGAUGUGGCCAGGAUAUGCGAGAGAUUCAAGGUGGCGGUCCGAAGCAGGAAGAAUAUUCUUUUGGCAAUGCUCCCUCUAUCUGAGUGUGUGUUCAAUUCAAUAGGAGUAGACACCGAGGACUGUAUGAAACAGUUUUAUGGAUCUGAUCUAAUAAAGCUGAAUCCAAUACCAUCGGAUAAGAAGCCUUCGCUAAUGGGAGUUACUGUCUAUGGAGUCCUCAAAACGCCUCGAGAGUACAGUAAGUCCUCUGUACUUUUUGUCACAAGACUGUUCUAUGGGACUCUAAGGGUGGGAGACACAGUAUAUUCUGCCGAUGGAGAAAAUAUCUCGGAAUGUGCAGUAGAAAGCCUGUACCGGUUCGGAAUAAAUGAGUUGAUUGAACGGGAUGAGGUGUCUGGGCCGGACCUUAUCUGUAUUGGAGGCAGCUUUCGAAAGAACUCAGUGAUAACCGAUGUUCCUGCAUAUAGGAUGGAUAUUCAGAGUAAGAUAACACCCUUCUACAAGUUCAAGAUUGUCCUAAACAACAUAGACAGGCUCGAUGAACUAAAGGAGGUUUUUCGGGUGAUGUCUUGUACUGAGCAGUUUCUAAAGGUGAAGCUUAAUAAAUACAAGGAGAUAGAGGUUUCAUGCACAGGGAAGGUACAGUCUGAAAAGAUAAUUACAGAUCUUGGAGACUCUGGAUUUGAAUUCUCGGUUGGAGAUCUUGAAGAAAAGUUUUGUGAGUAUUCCACGAAGUCCUCGAGUGGAGUCUUUACCCUUGAAGAUCUCAGCCUGAGGGUAUGGAUUUCCCAGGUAUGUGGAGUAGAAGAAAGCGCUGUUCACUUCAGGAGAUGGGAGGAUAAGAAUGGAAAUCGGUUUGGUCUUGUAUCUACCCUGUGCUUAGAGAUGGCAACCAAUGUUCUGGAGAUGUUUGUUUCUAGUGGGGCGUUGAUAAGAGAGAAUAUAUACAGCACAAGAUUUGUUUUAGAUAUACAGGGGAAUGCAGAUGCCAUUGAACCAGACCUACUAUAUUCAUUCUUGAAGAAUUCGCUUGUUUCGGUAUAUCUUUCUAGUUCUCCAUCUAUUGCACCAACCUUCUAUGAGUGUACAAUAUCGAUCCAGGAGAUGUUUAUUGGAGAGACAUACAAAAGCCUACCGAAGGAUAGCUAUGUUGUUAUCCAAGAAUCCUACGAAGACAAGACCGGCUUCUACGUCCUUACAGUGCUCAUUCCGCAGUUUCUGUAUUCAAACUUCCUUGAGGAAAUCAGAAUAAGGACCAAGGGAACAGCAUAUCUCCUGGUGAAAGAUGUAGGAUACAAGUUUGGACUGGACUUCAGCAAGCAGAUAGAGGGAAUAAGAAAGAAAAAAGGUUUGUUUGUCGAAGAGAAGAUUGUCGAGAGACCUUCCCAGCAAAGGACAUAUAAAAAAUAG